AUGGAGUGGCAUUUAGGGCCUCUCUUUGUCAUUUUGAUAAUGGCCACCAAAUGUGGCAAUGUCAUUGGCAUGCCACAAAAUCAGAAUCAGAAUCCGCAUCAUGAGUCAAAUUCACAGCUGGAUCCGGAUCCGGAGUUUAUUGGCUUCAUCAACAAUGUCACGUAUCCGGCUGGUCGUGAGGCUGUUCUCGCCUGUUCAGUCCGCAAUCUGGGCAAGAAUAAAGUGGGCUGGCUGCGUGCCUCGGAUCAAACGGUGCUCGCGUUGCAAGGACGCGUUGUGACUCACAAUGCCAGGAUCAGUGUCAUGCAUCAGGACAUGCACACCUGGAAACUGAAGAUCAGCAAGUUGCGGGAGAGUGAUCGAGGAUGUUACAUGUGCCAGAUAAAUACGAGUCCGAUGAAGAAACAAGUCGGUUGCAUUGAUGUGCAAGUGCCACCGGAUAUCAUUAACGAGGAAUCCUCGGCUGAUCUGGCGGUGCAGGAGGGCGAGGAUGCAACCCUUACGUGUAAGGCCACCGGCAAUCCUCAACCACGUGUCAUUUGGCGACGCGAGGAUGGGGAAAUGAUUCUCAUACGCAAAUCGAACAGUCGAGAGCUGAUAAAAGUGGAGACCUACAACGGCUCCUCGCUGAGGCUCAUCCGACUGGAGCGACGUCAGAUGGGCGCCUAUCUCUGCAUUGCCUCCAAUGAUGUGCCGCCGGCUGUCAGCAAACGCGUCUCCCUCAGCGUCCAAUUUGCUCCCAUGGUGCGUGCACCGAGCCAACUGUUGGGCACUCCGCUGGGCUCCGAUGUGCAGCUGGAGUGCCAGGUGGAGGCUUCCCCCUCGCCCGUCUCCUACUGGCUGAAGGGAGCACGCACAUCGAAUGGCUUUGCCAGCGUCUCAACGGCCAGUCUCGAGUCCGGCUCUCCAGGUCCCGAAAUGCUGCUCGAUGGGCCCAAAUAUGGCAUAACGGAAAAGCGCGAUGGCUAUCGAGGCGUCAUGUUGCUGGUGGUGCGUUCCUUCUCCGCCUCCGAUGUGGGCACCUAUCACUGCGUCAGCACAAAUUCGCUGGGUCGUGCCGAGGGUACACUGCGGCUCUACGAAAUUAAGCUUCAUCCGGGAGCUUCAUCGAGCAACGAUGAGCAUCUAAAUUACAUAGGCGGUCUGGAGGAGGCGCCGCGUAAUGUGGCCGCCUGCACGGAAGCUGCCACGUGGCAGCUGCUGCUGCUUCAGCUGAUGUUGCUGCCACUUUUUGUAGCACCGUGGGACGCGUGAUAUCAAAACUGAGCGUGAGCCAGCAAUCAAGUAUUCCUACAGGUGUUAAUCCCCCUCUCAUCAUCAGCCCUUAAAUCGAUCCAACUCUACCGCUUAUGCUCCCAUUCAUGCCUCCCCCCCCCC